ACGGAAGUGGAAAAGCGGAUGUUGUGACUAAUGAGUCCGGAAGCGAAUUAUUCACCAAAAGUUGAAUUAUUACAAACAUUCUGAAACAGAAUAAAGACACAAUGGCAUUGAAUGCCCCACAAAUGGGGACACUUCAAGUCCGUUGGGAUCCAAAGAAUUUGGAAAUCAAAACAAAGUCUGUAGAAAAAACUCUAGAACCCUUAGUUACACAGGUUACAACACUCGUUAAUCAGAAAUCCCCAUCUAAUAAAAAGAAAGGAAGGUCAAAGAAAGCUCAUGUCUUGAGUGCUGCUGUACAGAAGGCAACAGAAAACUUUAUCAUUGCUGGAGAAACAAUUGCCAAUGAAAAUCCAGACAUCAGAAAUGAUAUGCUGGAUGCUGUAGAUGAAGUCAAGAAAACAGGUGAUGCAAUGACAGAGGCAUCACAAGACUUUGCUGCUGAUCCUUGUUCUCUAGCUAAAAGAGGUGCGAUGGUUCGUGCUGCACGUGCAUUACUGUCUGCUGUCACACGACUGAUGAUUUUGGCAGAUAUGGUUGAUGUACAUUUACUAUUGAAGACUUUAAAUCUGGUUGAGGGUGACCUAGACAGAGUAUUAAAUGCCACAAGCCAGCAGGAUCUAAUGGCAACAUUUAAAGACUUAGGAGACAGUAUAAUGGAUCUGACAAAUAAAGCAGCACACAGACAAAAUGAUUUGAAGGAUCCAAGAAGAAAGGAAGAUAUGGCCGCUGCUCGAGCUUUAUUGAAGAAAAAUAGCAUGAUGUUAUUAACUGCAUCUAAGGCUUAUGUGAGACAUCCAGAAUUAGCCUCAGCCAGAGCUAAUCGUGACUAUGCUUACCAACAAGUGAGGAGUGCCAUCAGUACAAUCUCUGGUGUAGCCCAAGCCUCUGGACAAUCUGAUGCUCAUCCUUAUGAAGGAGCUGGAGAGUUGGCAUCAGCUCUGGAUGAAUUAAUGCAAAAGAUCAUCAUGAAUCCAUUAUCCUACAAUGAAAUCAGAACGAGGCCAUCGUUAGAAGAAAGACUUGAGAGUAUAAUCAGUGGUGCUGCUUUAAUGGCCGACUCAUCCUGUACAAGAGAUGAUCGUAGAGAAAGGAUCGUACAGGAAUGUAACGCUGUCAGACAAGCUCUUCAAGAUUUACUGACAGAGUAUAUGAAUAAUGCUGGUAACUCAGAACCAAGUGAGGGAUUAGAAAGAGCUAUUGAAAACAUGCAGAAAAAGACAAAAGAUCUGAGAAGACAGUUGAGGAAAGCAGUAGUGGACCAUGUAUCCGACUCAUUUUUAGAGACCAAUGUACCAUUGUUAGUCCUGAUAGAAGCUGCAAAGGCAGGGGAUGAGAAAGGAGUAGAGGAAUAUGCCCAGGUGUUUGCUGAACAUGCUAAUAAACUUGUUGAGGUAGCCAACUUAGCCUGUUCAAUGUCCAGUAAUGAGGAUGGUGUUAAAAUGGUCAGACUUGCUGCUGCAGAAUUAGAAAAUCUUUGUCCACAGGUUAUAAAUGCUGCUAGAGUACUGGCUGCUCGUCCACGAUCUAAAGUGGCACAGGAAAAUAUGGAUGUCUUCAAAGAUGCAUGGGAAAGAGAAGUGCGUCUGCUCACAGAUGCUGUGGAUGAUAUUACAACUAUUGAUGAUUUCUUAGCUGUCUCUGAAAGUCACAUUUUGGAAGAUGUAAAUAAAUGUGUGGUUGCAUUACAAGAGAUGGACCCUGACAAUCUAGAUCGUACUGCUGGUGCUAUCCGAGGUCGUUCAUCACGAGUCUGUAAUGUUGUUAGUGCUGAGAUGGACAAUUAUGAACCUGGUCUGUACACAGACAGAGUUAUGGAGGCUGUUGUCAUGCUCAGAGAUCAAGUUAUGCCAAACUUUGCUGAGAAAGUAGAGAUAGCAGUGGAUGCACUGAGUUGUAAUCCACCAAGAGAGAUUGAUGAGAAUGAAUUUAUUGAUGCUAGUCGUCUGGUAUAUGAUGGAGUUAGAGAAAUCAGACAGGCAGUUCUAAUCAACAGGAGUCCAGAAGAAAUAGACACAGACACAGAGUAUGAUAUUGAAGAUGAAUAUGACACACACAUGAGUAAAUCAAGUUACACAACAGAACAAGAUUACUCAGGACAAAAGAGUGAGAGAUGGAUUAUGGCUCAUCUACCUGCAGAAGAAAAGGAAGUUAUCCAACAACAUGUCCAAGAAUUCCGUACUGCCAAACGUGAAUUGGACCAGGAAAUAAGGAAAUGGGAUGACAGCGGAAAUGACAUCAUUGUCCUCGCCAAACAGAUGUGUAUGAUUAUGAUGGAAAUGACAGAUUUUACAAGAGGACGAGGUCCAUUGAAGAGUACUAUGGAUGUCAUCAAUGCAGCAAAGAAAAUCUCAGAAGCUGGAACAAAACUUGAUAAAUUAUCAAGAACUAUACUUGAUAUGUGUCCAGAUUCUGCCUCCAAGAAAGAUUUAGAAGCUUACUUACAGAGAAUAGCCCUGUACUGCCAUCAGUUGAAUAUCACCAGUAAAGUCAAGGCUGAUGUUACCAGUGCUAGUGGGGAACUUAUUGUAUCAGGGUUAGACAGUGCUACAUCUUUAAUCCAAGCAGCCAAGAACUUGAUGAAUACAGUGGUAUUAACAGUGAAAGCUGCCUAUGUUGCUUCUACUAAGUACAAGUUGCCUGGACAAAGGAAUGUUGUAAUGUGGAAAAUGAAAGCUCCUGAAAAGAAACCAUUAGUAAGGAAAGAAGAUGCUAAAGACCUUAGAUCUCAGAUCAAAAAGAGUGCCAUUAAAAAGAAUAUAGAACCAGUGAAAGCACUUAGUGAAUUCCAGGAAAUAGAUACUAGUAGUUUCUGUUGAGAAAAUGGUUUUAUCUUUACAGAUAUUGUUUAUGGACUACACAAAAUUUAAUAAUGUUCUUUAUUGACAUGACAAGAAAAUAUGUGGUUGUCCUUGAAAGGCACCAAACACAGGUGUAUGUUGAUAUAUGUUCUUAGUCUUGUAACUGUUAAAAAUAAGACCCCAAAUUGGAAUAAAUAAAUUUCAUAUUUAUUACAUAUGUAGGAGAAAUUAUUAGCAGUCAAAAUAUUGGGUACCUUUUACGAAUUGAGGGAGAGGAGAUAGAAUUAAUAGAAGGUGCUAUUUUUCAUUCAAACCUUUCACAUUAUUUAAGGACCACAAUAAGUCAUUUCAAGGAUUUGUUAUUUAAAAUAUACAUAGUUUACUUGGAAGAUCUUUUUUAUAACACAGACUUUUAUAUACAUUUUGAGGAGGAAUUCUAUAUUAUGGUUGUGAUGUAAAAUAGUAAAAAUGGCAUAGGAAAGAAUUCAUUCACAUGUUUAAAAUGUUGAAAAUGAUGCAGAGUUUGAAACUAAAUGAGGAUUGAUGUAGACAAAUAUAAUUUAAGGGUUUCAAAUUCGAAGUAUUUGAACUGCAAUAGAACUUGAUUUAUUUAUAAA